AUGUCUAAGGAACGAUUUAUCCCCCCUACUUCUCAGGCCAGUCUUUCUGCUGCCAUUUCUGGUACAACCGUUACUAGAUCUCUUGGUGUCAACUACGUUUGUGCUAACUGCCAUAUGCGUGUGACUCUCGGUAAGGGUGAGCCAGUCCGUUGCAAGGACUGCGGCCACCGCGUUCUCUACAAGGAGCGCACUCGCAGAAUGAUCCAAUUUGAGGCGCGAUAA